AUGCCACUACACCGGUCACCAAUUUCAUCUUCUCAGCCCAACUUAAAUAGCCCACGAGAAGAUUUUAUAACGAGAUUUAAUUUAAGAAAGAGAAAAUGUCCUGAAAAUGAUAAGUUUUCCAAAUUUUGUGAUGAAGUUAAGGAAAUGAUGAAUGAAUUUCGAAUUGAUCAGGAUUCGAGGUGGGCCAGGGUGGAUAGGGCUAUGGAAGAGUUGACAUCGCAAAACAAGAAAAUCAUUGAAUCUAAUAGUGAAAUCAAAAAAAUGCUUCAGGACACAAAAAAACAAAAUCAUGAACUCCGCGUAAAAAUAAAGAUCAUUGAAAAUGAAUACACUGAUGCUAAAUUGAAGAUUGAUGAACUGGAAGAGCAAGUUCAUGAAUUGCAAAAAAAUCAAUUUAAGAGAACAAUUGAAAUUAAAAAUGUACCUAGACUUCAAAAUGAAGAUCUACAUACCAUGCUCGAUAAUAUAAUAAAAGUAGUUGGUGUCAUAGAGAAUAAACCUGACAUUGAACAAAUCUAUCGUAGGGGUAAGGAAAAUGCUCCAAUUAUAGUUGAGCUGAAAGAUGCAGCCGACAAAAUUAGAAUUCUUAAGGCAGUUACAUUUUAUAACAAGGAAAACAAAGAUAAUAAAUUGAAUAGUACUCAUCUCGGUAUUAGCAGCCCUAUAACACUAAUAUAUAUUUACGAGAAAAAUACACACUUUAUAAAGAAACUCUUUGCUUCUGCGAAAGGAUUGGCCAACGAAGGCAAUUACAGGUACUGUUGGAUCUCAAAGGGUAUGGUGAUGCUUCGCAAAGAGGAAGGUUAA